AUGUCGCUUGUCAACGCCACUGACACUGGCGCCAGCCCCGACGCUCAGUCAGCCCGUCCAACUACCCCGCCACCUGCGCCCAACCAGCACCCUCUGUCGUUCUCUAGCUUGCCCGACACUCCCAUGAAGUCUGGCGCAGGAGAUUCCCUGCAUGGUUUCAAAAUCGUUCGAGGCGGUCUGGACGCUCAGCUCAAGCAGGAUCUGAAGGACCACCAUGUCGAGGACGUCCCGAUUCCGAGACCUGUUGGUGAACAGCUUGAAGCGGCUAGCAGAUUUGUACAGGAGACACCCCUCUACGCCAACGGACGAUGGACCGCCAUGCCCGUCAAUCCCGAAAACGAGAAGAAGCUAUACGCUCCCCAGGCCGAGAUCUUCAGCGCCAUCGUAUCUCACUUCGCGAUCCCGGACCGACGCUUCCUUGAGACCCACGGCGUUCUCAUUGAACACGUGAAGUCCAGCGAGGAAGAGUUAGCGUCUUACCCGGACUACAUCGUUGUCGGCACAGGGCCAUCGGUGUCCGACAGGAGCGACUUCUCGGAUCUGAAAGACCGGCCUAAAGAGUGGAUGAACUACGACUACGUCACCACUCUCGGCGACGGCAAGACGGAUAAGAACGCAUCUUCUUUUCGCAACAUUGGCCAGCUUGCGGUCUACGCGAGGCAGUGCUUCAUACAGCAAUCCAAUCGGGACUUCGUCUUUGGCUUCAUCAUGACAGAGACGACCCUCCGCGUCCAUCGAUUCGACCGGUCUGGCGCCAUGUCCUCUCUGCGCUUGAAUUACCACGUGGAGCCAGCCUACUUUGUCCAUGCCUUGCGCACAAUCGUCUCAAGCGACCCAGCCACCAUCGGCUACAACGCUACCAUCACCUUUGGCUCGUACAAUGCCAUCGGUCGAGCACAGACGAGGCACUUGAAGUCUACGUUCGGCCGCCCUCGUAAGGCUGAUGAUUCCGCGGACCUGCCCGACAUUCCUGUCAAGACCGAUCGCCAGGACGGUCUUGACCUCAUCGCGGUUGAGAUCCCCCCCUACGUCCCCGAAUUUAUCACAUUCGACCUCGGCAUGAAACCAUUCUAUGUGCGCCGUAGUAUUCGUGGUCGCGGCGGCAUCUACUGGGCCGCCAAGCAUGAGAACUACGGCUCGGUCAUCAUCAAGCAGUCGUAUCUGCCCGCGACGCGCACUCCAGAAUGGGAGUUUUUGCAGAGGACCGCGGGCCUGACAGGGGUUGAAGAGAUGCUCGCUUAUGAUCUCAGGACAUGGUCUGUGUCGCAGAGUCGCUGGCCGGGAGGUAGCAGGGGAGUGGCCGACCGGUACUAUAGCUGUGCAGUGCUGCGUCGAUACGGAGAGACGAUCGAUCAACGGUCGCCGCUGCAGCUAUUAGUCGCAGUUCGUGACGCGGUUCAAGGUCACUGGAAUCUGUGGAAGAUCUACAUCCUGCAUAGAGACGUCAGUAUCCGUAACAUCCUCUUGGGCCUGCCCGGUGCGAAGGAUGGAUGGCAAGGCGUUCUCAUCGAUCUUGACAUGGCCAUCUGCUUGCACCGCCAGACCAGUGAUGCGAACGUCGACUUCAGAACAGGUACCCGCGCAUUCCAAUCCAUCCAAGUCCUAGAGAGCUACAAAUAUGCCGAGACUGCGCCAACGGAGGGUCAGCGUCUGAUGCACGACUACAUGGAUGAUCUGGAGUCAUUCUAUUGGUGCCUCUGCUGGAUAUGCUUCAGCUACGAUGGCCCUGACAAGAAAGAUCCCAAUAUAAUCGAUAUCCUCGACGGAUGGCAGGACGACAAUCCGAAGACCGCCCUAAAUGCGAAGCUCGCGUAUCUGAGCGACGACUUCGAUGCGGGUCUGGUCAAGUCGGACUUCAAACCAUUCGUCGGUCUUCUCGAAUAUCUGCACGGUUUAGUCAAGAGGAUGCGGAAGGUCAAGAAAAGUCUGGUUUCAACAAAGACUGCGCAUACGCGCACUUUGGAGACAAUCAGGGAGGAGGCCGAGGGCACGUACGAGCAGGUGAUCGAGAUGUUCAACCGUACGAUUGACGCCCUCGUCACUGGUACCGGCACGCCUGCCGCAGUGCGGCAGCCUGAAACGUUCACCUUGCCCGAACUCCCACCAGCUCCGCAGCACAGGACCACGCGCAUGCUCGAACCGUCGUUGUCGAUGUCCUUCGGGAACAAGCGGAAGGCGUCGAAGGAGUCUGACGAGGAGCCGGAGAAGAAGAGGCCGCAGGUGGCAUCAACGGCACCUACCAAGCCUUCGAGCCUGCGCCACUCGGAGUCGUAUGACCCUUGA